AUGGGGGUCCUUUUAAAGGCAAAGGGUCUGCGGAUGUCCGCUCAAAAGCAAGAAACUCUUCUGAAAUUAACAAUUUUGUCGUUUGCAGCAAUUCUUUCAUUUGCAACACGAUUGUUUUCUGUAUUGAGAUUUGAAAGCGUCAUCCAUGAGUUCGAUCCAUAUUUCAAUUAUCGCACCACUAAAUAUCUCUCUGAAGAAGGUUUUUACAAUUUUCUAAAUUGGUUUGAUGAUCGAGUGUGGUACCCAUUGGGAAGAAUAAUUGGAGGAACUAUUUAUCCUGGAUUGAUGGUUACUUCAGCUAUUUUUUAUCAUAUUGCACAAUUUUUGAACAUUACCAUAGACAUAAGAAAUGUUUGUGUCUUCCUUGCUCCACUUUUCUCGAGUUUUACAACUAUUGUAACAUAUCUAUUAACAAAAGAAUUGAAAGAUUCAGCAUCUGGAUUAUUUGCUGCUUCCAUGAUUGCAAUCGUACCUGGAUAUAUUUCCAGAUCUGUUGCUGGAUCAUAUGAUAAUGAAGGCAUUGCAAUCUUUUGUAUGCUUUUUACUUAUUAUAUGUGGAUUAAGGCUGUAAAAACUGGUUCAAUUUUCUGGUCUACAUGCACUGCUUUAGCAUACUUUUAUAUGGUUUCAUCUUGGGGUGGUUACGUGUUCCUCAUAAAUCUCAUUCCAUUACAUGUUUUAACGCUCAUGGUAACAGGAAGGUUUUCCCAUAGAAUUUACAUUGCCUACAGCAUUACUUAUUGUUUGGGAACUAUAUAUUCUAUGCAAAUUCCAUUUGUUGGAUUUCAACCUGUUCAGAGCUCAGAACACAUGCUUGCCAUAGUUGUAUUUGGAUUAUGUCAAAUACAUGCCCUGGUUGAUUACCUUCGUAGUCGGUUGUCUGCCACUGAUUUUGAAGCACUCUUUCAUGGUCUGAUAAUUUCUACAGUAGUAUUGUCAGCAAUCGUUGGAGCUAUUUUAACAAUAACAGGAAAAAUUUCACCAUGGACUGGAAGAUUUUAUUCUUUACUGGAUCCUUCAUACGCUAAAAAUCACAUUCCAAUUAUAGCUUCUGUAUCAGAACAUCAGCCAACUUCAUGGAGUUCAUUUUACUUUGAUCUUCAAAUUCUGGUGUUCUUAUUCCCAGCUGGGCUAUAUUUUUGCUUUUCAAAGCUCACAGAUUCCAAUAUAUUUUUAAUUUUAUAUGGUGCUACGAGUUUAUACUUUGCGGGCGUUAUGGUGCGGUUGAUGUUGGUGCUGGCACCUGUGAUGUGUAUUUUGGGAGGAAUUGGAGCUUCUACUUUGCUUCUUAAAUAUAUGAAAGACAUAGAAGCUAGCAAAGUAGUCGAUAAGAAAUCGAAAAAGUUAGAGAGUAAUUAUGUUCUUAGGAGUCAGGUUGCAACGUUUUUUGUGAUUAUUAUGUGUGUGUUUUUCUUCUCUUACACUUUCCACUGCACAUGGGUCACCGUGGAAGCCUACAGUUCACCAAGUAUUGUUUUAUCGGCUCGAUCUCCUGAUGGUGGUCGUAUGAUUUUCGACGAUUUCAGGGAAGCGUACUACUGGUUGCGCAUGAAUACACCAGAGGAUGCAAAAAUAAUGUCUUGGUGGGAUUAUGGGUAUCAAAUAACAGCAAUGGCGAAUCGGACAAUAUUAGUCGAUAAUAACACGUGGAAUAAUACCCAUAUAUCAAGGGUUGGUCAAGCAAUGGCAAGUUCUGAAGAAAAAGCAUAUGAAAUCAUGAGGGAACUCGAUGUAAAUUAUGUUCUUGUUAUCUUUGGUGGAUUAACAGGCUAUUCAUCGGAUGACCUUAAUAAAUUUUUAUGGAUGGUUAGAAUAGCAGGAAGUACAGAAAAAGGAAAAUCAAUUUCCGAAUGGGACUAUUACAAUCCUGCUGGUGAAUUCAGAGUAGACAAAGAAGGAACUCCCACCUUACUCAAUUGCUUAAUGUAUAAAAUGUGCUACUACAAGUUUGGUCAAGUCUAUACUGAAGGAGGAAAACCAUCGGGGUACGAUCGAGUGAGGAACAUGGAGAUCGGUAACAAAGACUUCGAUUUGACUACUUUGGAAGAGGCCUACACGACCGAACAUUGGCUUGUGCGCAUUUACAAAGUGAAAGAUCUGAGAAAUCGUGGAAACUGA